AUGUUGUACGAAAAAGUUUCCAUGCAAGACGAAAAGAAAAUGAAAGUGAAGAAAGGAUGGCUAGCAGUUCAAGUCGGAUUAGAAGAAGAAGGUGGAUUUCAACGGUUUGUGAUUCCGAUAUCGUACUUGUAUCAUUCUCUGUUCAAACGACUUCUCGAUAAGGCGCAUGAGGUUUACGGGUACCAUACAAAUGGUCCGUUAAUUCUUCCUUGUUCCAUACGUGAUUUUCUUCAUCUGAAAGCACGUAUUGACAAGGAAGUGAAUAAUCAGCAAUAUUAUCAGCAGAAUCUACGGCGUCAUCAUCAUCUCGCUACUUUGUCUUUCCAUUGA